UUUUUUUUUUCUCUCUGUCCCUCUCCCCCCACCCACUCACUCACACUCCCGUUAUUUCAGAGCGCUGUGGGUGAUAUUCGCCUUUACCUGUCCGGGUUGCACACCUGAGCGGACUCACCUGUCCCGACGCCGGAAGACUUUUCACCUCUUUUAGCUCCAGAGCCGCAAAGACAAUCAAGAUUAAAGAGAGAAGGUGUGUGUGAGACGGGAAUAAAGCAGACUGCAGCGGGACGCGGUUUGCGAAACGAAGAAGAAAGGUGCAAGGAGGAAGGAGAAGAGGGGACCGACACCUUCCAUUUUCCCCCCUGCCAUAUUUGGAGUUUCCUGCUUUUGUAACUUUUUUUUUUCUGCCUUGAACCGAAAAAAAAAAAUCAGAUUUUCUACCAACUUCAGUUUUAAUUAAGAAUGCCGAGGGCCUUUCUGGUGAAAAAGGCGAAUGUGUCGCCGGGGAAACGGAACUGGAGCGAGCUCCCAGAUCAUGAGCGAGGCGACGUCUACAUCCCAGUCUCCAUCUUCCCUCCGUCCGCUCUCAUGAUGGGGGCCGAAGCGAGCCCCGCAGAGCCGACGCCGCUCUGCCUCACCAAGCGCUCCCCGGCCGACCCGCAGACGCACGCCGAGCUGCCGUCCAGCACCAUGCUGGGCCGACCCCAGAGCCCGGCGAGCGCGCCCGAGGAGAGGUCGGGGGUCAGGAGGAGGGCUCCGGGCGGCUCCCCGUACAUCAGGUCCAAAAUCAAGGUGACUACAGGGGAGCUGCCAACCGUCCCCUCGCCCCUUCCCCUCUCUCUACCUCCCAUCCCCUCCCCUCCAUUAGAAGCACCACACACCAUCGUGAUCCCGGUCGCCUUGACAACGGCCCCUGCCCCCCAGGAAGCUGUCUCCAUGGUGACCAGAUCAACAGGUCAAAGUCAGAGUUCGUCGUCGCCUGUGAUGAACGGCGUGUUUGUGUGCCAGGUUUGUCAGAAGACCUUCCAGUACCAGCGGAUGUUGAACAGACACAUCAAGUGUCACAACGAGUCCAAGAAACACCUGUGCAGCUUCUGCGGCAAAGGCUUCAACGACACGUUCGACCUCAAGAGACACGUACGCACACACACAGGCGUCCGUCCGUACAAGUGCACCCUCUGCGACAAGGCGUUCACCCAGCGCUGCUCCCUGGAGUCGCACAUGAAGAAGAUCCACAACUACACCCUGAAGUACGCCUACAAGGAGCGGCGCAACAAGCUGUACGUGUGCGAGGAGUGCGGCCACACGGCGGGGACGCAGGACGACCUGCUCGUCCACCUGCACGCGCUCCACCCCGACAGCCGCCUGCUGAAGGGGAAGGGUGGGAGGAAGACGGGAGGAGGAGGAGGAGGAGGGAGAGAGGGAGGGUCGACGCCCGGGUCACCGCAGGAGGCCGAUAGCGAUGACACGUCCGGAUCAGGAGAACAGUGAAGGAAAUAAGAAACUCAGGGGGGGAUGUGUUUACUGACGGACUUAAAGAUGGAUUGUAAAUGUGUGUGUAUUUGUGAAUAGCAUGUGUGUGUGUGUGUGUGUGUGUGUGUGGGUGUUUGUAUAUAACAGUCUGCAAUUUUCAAUGAAACAAAACCAAGUUUGACUUUAGCUAAUAUAUAAAAAGUGUAUAUUUAAACGGGGUUGUGAUGCGGAUGAACUCAUUUACAUGUCUGGUGUUUUCUGCUACGUUUUCGCUGCAUGUGAAUAUUUUUUGUGGGUUUUUCUGUCCAGGAAAAAAAAAGUUUUUGUAUGAAAAAAAAAAGUGUUUUUUUCAUUAAAGGGAGUAAUAUAUAUUACAAAACAAA